AUGACAACCAUCAGAAUUCUCUUGGCUAUAGCUGCUGCAAAGGAUUGGCACAUUCAUCAGAUGGAUGUGAACAAUUCCUUCCUGAAUGGGGACAUAGAAGAAGAAGUUUAUAUGGAGCUUCCUCUUGGAGUUGGAUGCAAGAAGAAUGGUCAAGUCUGUAAACUAGUCAAGUCCCUAUAUGAUUUGAAACAGAAAAUGGGUUUCAAACAGUCAAUGCCUGAUAACUCAUUGUUUACCAAAGGCAAAGGAUCAUCAUUUGUGGCACUACUAGUCUAUGUUGAUGACAUAGUGGUGACCAAUGCUGAUUUAGCUCUAAUUCAGCAUCUUAAAGUGCAGCUUAAUGACAUUUUUCAGAUCAAGGAUCUAGGACCUUUAAAGUAUUUUCUAGGUCUAGAAGUUGCAAAACAGAAGAAAUGUAUUGCAGUAUCACAGAGGAAGUAUGCCCUUGAGUUGUUAGAAGAAACAGGAUUUAUUGAUUCUAAACUUGUAUACAACCCUACAAUCCCCUCAAACAAGUUAAGUAAAACUAAGGGUGACUUGCUUGAUGAUAAUACACAGUACAGGAGGCUAGUUGGAAAACUCUUAUACCUUACUAUCACCAGACCUGACAUAAGCUUUGCUACACAACAACUGUCUCAGUUUUUGGACAAACCUACCCACUUACAUCUACAAGCAGCUCAUAGAGUUCUAAGAUACAUCAAAAGUGCCCCUGGACAAGGAUUAUUGGGAGCUUGUGUUGAUUCCAGAAAAUCUGUUACAGGUUUUUGCAUCUUCCUUGGGCAGGCUUUGAUCUACUGGAAGUCCAAGAAGCAAGCUACAAUCUCUAAGUCUUCCUCAGAAGCAGAAUACAGAGCUCUAGCGGCUACUACUUGUGAAGUACAGUGGUUACUUUACUUGCUUGCUGAGUUUGGAUUGCAUCCUCCUACUCCUUCAGUUGUUUACUGUGAUAGCAAAUCUGAUAUAGCCAUCAGUGAGAACCCUGUGUUCCAUGAACAUACAAAACAUAUCGAAAUAGAUUGCCACUCAGUCAGAGAAAAUCUACAAAAAGGAGUCAUCAAGCUAUUCCACAUUGCUUCCAAAAACCAGUUGACAGGCAUUCUUACUAAAGCACAAUGUCCAAACACUUUCUACAGUUAG